GAAAGAAGAACCCUGAAAGCAAAAAACUCUUCGCCGUUGUUGUUUCUUACGUCAAAGAAUAUUCCUUCUUCUCUUUCGUUAAUAGAUCCCAAAAAAAAAAAAAAGCUUCAUUGAUUCUUCUUCCUCUGUUUUUGAUUCCGUUUUCGAGCAAUCCUCUGAAACAUAAUCUUUGGUACAAUUGGAGUUAUAUUCAAAAGCUUAUAAAUGUCAAAUAUGGAUCCUAAUUCAGUUUUACCUAAGAGAAGUUUCUUACAACAUGAGUUGUUUUCACAAUUACAUAUACCUGGAAGCUUAGCUUUCGAAGCAUUUAGUUGUAUCUCUAAGUUUACAGGAGCUUUGCUUUGUUGGUUUUCACAUGGAAACUUGCAAAAAGAAGUAUCUAAACAUCAAUGGGGAUUAACUUGUAAGAGCCGUGAUUCUUUAAAACAUGUGUUUGAACAUAGGAACGUCUCUGUGUUCCCAUUUCACUAUGUAUCAAAAGAUAUUAGUCCUGGCUUCUUUGGAAACAUAUCUAAAUCCACUAUUCAGCAUUUUGUUAAUGAAGCUGAGAGGCUACAUUCGUGUUCUUUGCUCUCUUUGGCGGCUGCGAUGAUACCGUCUUUGAAUGUCAUGUCUGCAAAUGGACUUGCUCUGCCACUAGGGAGUAAUGAUGUUAAACUUAGGGAGAACAUUGAACAUAGGACUUGUCCGGAGAACACUGAACAUAGGACUUGUCAGGUGGGAUGUGAAGAAUAUAGUGGUUUGAGUUUUCAAAAAUUAGACUGGACAAGACAAUCAGUGGAGCCUAGGACGGGGAUCGAGUUCCCGAUGUUGUUGAAGGAGAAUGCUUCGCGAUCGAAUUCUGAGGUGCUUGUUGCAACGGGAUCUCGGACAAUGAAAAUUAUCAGAAUUAAAUCUCUAAAAGUAUAUGCAUUUGGUUUUUAUGUUCACCCUUCCUCGGUCUGUCAGAAGCUUGGCCGAAAGUAUGCCUCGGUUCCAGCAAGCAAACUUGACAAAUGCGAUGACUUAUACAAAGACCUUCUUAGGGAGGAUAUUGUUAUGAGUGUGAGGCUUGUGGUUAACUACAAUGGCUUGAAGAUCAAUACUGUGAGAGAUGUUUUCGAGAAAUCUCUGCGUGCUCGCUUGGUUAAGGCAAAUCCAAAAACUGAUUUCAAUUGUUUGAAUGAUUUUGGUUCAUUCUUUAGACAAGACAUUCCAAUACCCGCGGGAACAAUAAUAGACUUUCGGCGAACAGAAGAUGGACAGCUAAUCACAGAGAUUGGUGGUAACCUGAUUGGAGCUGUCCGAAGCAAGGAUCUUUGCAGUUAGUUCUUCAUUCUAAUUAUUUGUUUUCUCGUUUUUGUUUGCGUACUAAAAGUCCAAGGGCUCUGAGAUUUGUGUACAUUGCAGGAGCAUUUUUUGGUAUGUACAUUGGAGAUGUUCCGGUGUCAGAGCAGACAAAGGAGGAGAUUGGUAGAAAAGUGGUGGGAAUCAUAAAGAGAUGCUGAAAUCAAUUACUUGUUAGAUUUCCAAUUGCCUCUGAGUUUUAGAAGAAGGCAAUUGGGUUAGAUUUACGCGGUCAUGUCUAGAUAUUGUCAAUCAAAAUACUUUGUAAGCAGCUUGGAGGAAGUUAUGUCUUAAGUUGUAUUAGAUAGUCUUGAUUUUUAUGUUCUAGUUCGUUAUGAUUGUCCAAUAUGCAAAUUGUGAAACUGGUUGACAAGAAAUGAGAUCCAACAUUUAAU